UCCACCAAUCGGACGCGGGACUGGGUCAAGGUUGGUGUGUGCACAGGAACAGAGGGACCGUUGCUGUCAGUGGAAAGCACAGUUGUCCAUCCAGCACCAUGGGAAAGAAGAGUCGAGUGAAGACUCAGAAGUCGGGCUCAGGAGCCAGCGCUGUGGUUUCACCCAAAGAGAUGAUGAACCUCAUCUCUGAGCUGCUGCAAAAAUGUAGCAGUGCAGCACCAUCCGCUGGUAAGGAGUGGGAGGAGUACACCCAAAUCAGAGGAUUGGUUGAGAAGAUCCGCAAGAAACAGAAGGGCAUGUCAGUAGUGUUUGAGGGCAGUAGAGAGGACUACUUCUCAGAACUGAUGUCUUGGGCUGAGGAAAAUGGAGCUUCCUGUGAUGGCUUCACUGUGACCAACUUUGGCACAGAAGGCUAUGGCCUGCGGGCCACCAUGGACAUCAAGGCAGAGGAACUGUUCCUGUGGAUUCCCAGGAAGAUGCUGAUGACAGUAGAGUCAGCCCAGAACUCUGUUCUAGGUCCUCUGUACAGCCAGGACCGCAUCCUACAGGCCAUGGGCAAUGUGACACUGGCCCUCCACCUGCUCUGUGAGCGGGCCAACGCGGCUUCCCCAUGGCUGCCAUACAUCCACACUCUUCCCCAGGAGUACGACACGCCGCUUUACUACCAGCAGGACGAAGUGGAGUUGCUGCUGGGUACACAGGCAGUGCAGGAUGUUCUAAGCCAGUAUAAAAACACUGCACGACAGUACGCCUACUUCUACAAACUGGUCCAGACUCACCCUGCAGCCAGCAAACUGGCCCUGAAGGACAGCUUCACAUUUGAUGACUACAGGUGGGCGGUGUCUUCAGUGAUGACCCGUCAAAACCAGAUCCCGACUGAGGACGGGAGCCGCGUCACUCUGGCUCUCAUCCCCCUGUGGGACAUGUGUAACCACACAAAUGGACUGAUCACCACCGGCUACAACCUGGAGGAUGACCGCUGUGAAUGUGUGGCGCUGCAGGACUACAAGGAGAAUGAACAGAUCUACAUCUUCUAUGGCACCCGGUCCAAUGCUGAGUUUGUCAUCCACAACGGCUUCUUCUACCAGGACAACGCCCACGACCGAGUGAAGAUCAAGCUGGGUGUCAGCAAGAGCGAGCGCCUGUACGCCAUGAAGGCUGAAGUGUUGGCACGAGCCGGCAUCCCAGCGUCCUGUGUCUUUGCUCUGCACUGUAAUGAGCCCCCCAUUUCAGCCCAGCUCCUAGCCUUCCUCAGAGUGUUCUGCAUGACGGAAGAGGAAUUAAAGGACUACCUGCUCGGAGACCAUGCAGUCAAUAAGAUCUUCACCCUGGGCAACAGUGAGUUCCCUGUCAGCUGGGAUAAUGAGAUCAAGUUGUGGACUUUCCUGGAGACCCGAGCUGCUCUGCUGCUCAAGACCUACAAGACCACCUCAGAGGAGGACCGCUUCAUGCUGGAGAAACCUGAUCUUUCUCUGCACUCUCGCGUGGCCAUCCAGCUCCGUCUGGCUGAGAAGCAGAUCCUGGAGAAGGUGUCAUCAAGCGGACGAGCUAAACGUCUGCACUUCCAGAAGAAGCUGGAGGAGGGCGCACCAUUGCCUCACUAUGAAGAAAGCGAUAUCGCUUUGCUGGAGAAUACUGAACCAGACGCAAAGCUUCCAAUUAUCCUCCGCAAGCUGGAGGAGGUGGAGGAAGGCCAGGAGAUCCAGGUGGAGGAGCACAGUCAUCUCCUGAAUGGGGAGAAGGUGGUGUACAGGAUGGAGGCAAAUGGAGAGCCAGUGCAGGAGGAGACUCUGGAGAGGGUCAGCAAAGAUGUUCAUUCAGCUCUGGACUCCACUGGAACUUCAAACCAGAAAGGCCAAAUGGAAAUAGCCGACCAAAGUGCCAGCCGAACUGAAGAGAAUCCCAAAGAGAGGAGUGAAUAAAUAUAUUCCACCUACAGCCACAGCCCAUGCUAUUUAUUUAUUUUUGUGUCUCUAAAAUGACUCAGAAAUAUCAAAGCUGAAAAAAACAACAUUAGAAGGUAGCAGAACUGUGUGGUCAUCCAGCGUGGCUUUUCUUAGUUGUCUGCUGCAGAACUUGUUUCAGAUGCUACCAGUGUCUCGCAGCCUUCUGCACAUGUUCACAUUCAAAAAUCAGUGUGUUUAAAUUAAAAAUGUAGGUUUUUAUUGAAACAUUUUUUGUGGCAGGGGUGCAGGUCCCAGCAGAUCAUCAGAUAAAGAAAAAAAAACAAAAUGGAGUUAUUUUCACAAAACCAAAACCUCUGUAAUCAUGUGAAGUGGUUGGUUUAUUACUGCAGUUUUUCUCCAUAUGUGUCCACUAUAUUUUGAGUUGACAAUCCUUUUCUGUGGAGCAUUUUGGGGUGUGCUGCUGAUUUAACACCAUUGGCCUCUGUUUUCUUUUCUCUGCUUCAAAUAAUUUCAGGUUGAAUAACAAUAACAUAGCUGCAGCCCUUCUUAAAAACCUGAUUUAUUUCCUGUUUUAAAAGUUUCUUUAUGAAUGUAAUCAGUUCACGUUAGAGUGAGUAUCUGUGGAUGUCACUAAAAGGAACUGAUGUGUGACACAGUGAUCACUGUUGUUGCCCCUGAGAAAGCCAUAUACAGGACUCAGUGCUAACUAACUGUGCACUGAUACAAAGCCAAUACUGACUGAAAUACUCACAUUUGAUGCACAGGCUUUCAUUCUAAUCACUUAUUACAUUGGACCGUAUUUUAGUGUGUGUGGUCAUGAGGUCUGUCAAUUUUCCCCAUUUACUGAAAACACUUCAAUCAUCAUUACUCGCCGUACUGUGGAGCCACAUUCAGCACUGUGGCACUUUUAUAUUGACAAUACAUGAUUCAUACUAUUUGACAGAGUUGAUCUUUGAGCCUUAGGCCACAUUUCAUCUCCAUCAGAACAUGUUGGUUCAGGUGUCUUCAUGUGACCCAAGUCACAACAACUGGUCAUAAUGGGGCUGCCUCCUUAAGUCUGAUCACUUGGAUUAUAAUUAUCAUUAAGCCCCCCCAGCCGACGCAGGAUCUCAAUCCGAUUAUACGGCUUUGCUUGCUAGCGUCCUCUAUUUUCAUAACAAAACGUUAUAUUAGCGACUUACUGGUAGAUCAAGAGGGCAUGCAAUGGGUCAAGCUGACAGUCAUUGCCCUCUGAGCGGGUCAUGACGGGUGGAAUACGUAACUCUUCCCACUGUGUUGAAUCUAAUUUUUUACUUGAGUAGCCUGCAUAUCUGGGCUCAGAGUGCCCUACCUGUAUAUGAAGGUGAGGUAUAUGCUAAUAUAGUUCUAUGCAUUGGAUUUCCUCACGUCUUUCUCCAGACAUCCUUUGACUCCCUGACUUGACCUUCCUAAUCCAGUCAGGGUCAAAUGUCGGCGUAUUACCAUCCUCCAAUUGUAUAUGACCAUUUGUUACCAUGUCACGGAAGUUUCAUAUUUACUCUGGGUCACGUGUGCAUUUCUAAACCAACUCUUGGGGAGAAUUUAGCAAACUGCUGAAUGCUGAUGAAGAGCAUGAGAUGUAGUUGAGGAGCUCAGGAGAGACUUCUUUUUUGUUAGUGUACCUUCACUAUAUUCUGACAAUCUACUGUUCCCGAAAGAAGUGACUGUCUUUCUUCCACUAGAAUGAAGAUGUAACGGUGUUGUUUAAAGAAAGGUUUAGCCUCACAAACUUGGACCAGGAACACAGUGGAGCACCAUUAUCAUGAUUUACUUCACUGUAGAGAUAAGAGAAUAAGAAUCAUCACUUGUGGCUCUGAGGUGAAACGGUCAAUAUCCUGGUGCCCUGUUCAAAAUGAACUAGGCUAAUUAGGGACUAAUUGUCAGUGGGAUGUUGUAAGAAGUUGCAUUCACUAAACCUGUGCACCUGUCAUGGCAGAAACACUUCAGCUCACAUAUACUGUAUUUAGCAUCCUUCACCUUUAUCUCGUCAACUAGUGCAGUGCCCAUCAAGCUGGAGUGUGAACUUUGAUGAUGUCAUCAGCGACAUCAUCGGUGAAUGUUUUCUCAGUUCAAAAGUUUGACGUGUAUCUGCUGAGUGGUUGUGUAGAACAUGGAAGGACACGGAUAUUCAGGGGAGAAAGUGGUCGGUUGAGUUCUCUGCAUCAGAAAUAAGCGCUGCUAUUAGCAGUUUUCCUUCUUCGUUGUUGUGCAUGUGUCACACAAACAGUAAAUAUGAUUCACAGCCUGUUGUUCUAACUGAUCGGUUGCUGUUAUCAGCUCUGCUUUAUACACUGAUCAGGGAUAAAAGAGCCUGACAGAUCUGCAAUGGCUACAGGAAGUAUUCAGGACCUUCACUUCAUUGUGUUGUAGAUGUAAACUGAUAUUUUGCCCGUCAAUCUACACUCCAUGACCCAUCAUGAUAAAAACUGAAAUCGCUCAUUUACUAAACUCUUCAGGCCCAUAAUUCAGGACUUUGUGGAAGCAGUUACAGCCUCCAGUCGUCUUAGUUAAGUCUCUACAAGCUUUGCACACCUGCAUUUGGACAGUUCUCCCAUUCUCUAUGACUGAUGCGCCCCGCGUUACGUUUGAUUGAUGUAAAAUGUCUGUAAACUGACAUCUCCAGUUCUCUCCACAGAUGUUCUAUGAGGUUUAAGUCUAGACAGUGGAGGACAAUCAAGUCUUGUCCUGAAGACACUUCCGUGUAGUGUGGGCUGUUUACCUCACACCUCUGUAUCUGGCUGCAUUCGUCUUCCACUCAGUUCUGACCAGUCUCCCUCCCUCUGUUGCUGAGAAGCCACCCAAUAGCAUGAUGCUUCCCCCAACAUGCUUCGCCUUACAGAUGUUGUUAAUCAGGUGAUGAGCAGUAUCUUAGAAUCUUAGACCCUGUGCUCUGAAUCCUUCAAGUGCUGUUUGACACACUGCUAACAGGCUGUCAGUGAUGUCUUUCUGUCAUCUCCACCAUAAAGGCCUGACCGAUAGAGGUCAGUUUUCUUUUCACUGCAGAGUGCGUCUGAAGCUCUGCUAGACUGGCCAACUAAAAGAUAAAUCCAAUAAUCGUUUUAGCUCAGAUGAGAGGCCAAUAACCUCCUGGGUUCCGGUUCUUUACUUAACACACAGGUGAGAGUGGUAAUGAUCUUCUCAUUUAAUUCUAAGACAGACAAUACAUAUAAAGUACUCACCAAAAGCCGAUGUGCAGUUUGUCUAAAAAAAAGACUGCUGAUUGUUAAGGAGAAAUUAAGGUGAACUGUCCCUGCUGUCCUCUUUUGGAUGAUGUUUUCAGAAAUAGUGGUUGGUUUAUACUGUAUGUGGAUAACGCCGCCGUUGAUUUGUUGUGUAACCUUUUAACUCGGCAUGUUCCACCUUCCAAAAAUCAGACACAUAUCUGCUGUGAGCCCUGGCUUGCUAAUGUAAAAUCAGCCACAAAGGCCCAGUACACAUCUGGUAUUAAUUGGUUUUUGUGUUCCGAUCACAAUUGGACAGCUCUGAGUGCGUGCGAUCACACCUGGCAUCGUCUUGUGAUCGGAUCCCAGGUCGAAUCUCACUUCCCCGUCCUAUAUGCAAAUUAGCACGUGCAUCAUUUACGCUCAAAGAUGCAAUGCAUGUCAGGAAGCUGCAAGGAGAAAAAGAAGAAAUCAAAAUAUCACAGAUGAUGCAUUCAUGGCAGAGAAAAUCGCAUCGUUGUUGUUGCCUAUUGCUACAGUUUAAAUGAUGCCUCGGGCGUAUAUGUACGUAUUUCCGCUUACACAGGACUUCUGUUGAGUAGGCGGUCCAUCAAUGUGGCCAGGACCACAUUCGUGUCCACGCCGCUUAAAGAAUAGCCAGACCAACCUUGGUCUGGCGUGAUCGGAUCGCUAUCUGAUCUGAGUGCGUUCACAUUUAGAGCUGUCCACUUGUGAUCGGAUCACAACACUUAGGUUGACUGCAGCCUGACUGCAGGUUGUGUUCACGUGGAUGUGUACGUGACCACAUGAUGCUCUUGUUUUAUAUCACAUUUGAACUGUCACUUUUCCAUCACAAAUCUGUAUUUUUUUAUGCAAUCAUGUACUUUCACCAACCUGUGCUGCUUUUUCUAAAGACCUCCGUACCACUGUGUGUGUGUUUGUGUGUGUGUGUGUGUGUGUGUUCCUGUACUUAUAUCUUUGUGAGAACCAUUUUAAGCAUAGACCCUACAGGGUGAGGACAUCUUUGGAAAGUGCGAACAUUUUUGGUCCUCACUUUUUCAAUGGGCUGUUCUAGGGGUAAGACUUGGUUUAAGGGUUAGAAUUAGGCAUUUAGUUUAGCUGGUUAAGGUUAGGGUAAUGGGCUAGGGAAUGUAUUAUGUCCACGAGUGUCCUCACUAAGAUAGAAGUACAAACGUGUGUAUGAGUGUGUGAGCUUCUAGCUUUAACCACACUCCUCGGCAGGUACACUGCUAUCCAGCGGACUCCUCACCAUCUCACUGUAUGUAGUAGUUGUGGGUUUCUCUCUCUCUCUCUUGGAGUGUACAGUAAAAACUCGAGCUGAUAUGGAAAGUUGUCCUGAAGCUGUCGACAUCUUAAAGUCAGAGAUUAAACUUCAUCUCAUUUCUCA